AUGACAGAUGACCCAGCUGCAACUUCGACUGUGACGGCUGAAAUGUACCGUGUUGGUUUCAACAUUAGCAGCAAUCGAUUUGUAGAAACUAUGCGUAUCUGCUAUGAACCGUCACUGCUGCGAACAUUGUAUGUUCGACAUGCAUUGUUGCCGGCCAGCGUUCAUUUCCAGAAAUCGGUAAAGCGCUUACAUUUCAGCAAGGCCGGCUACUUCAAUGACUUCAAUAUGAAUCAACUCUAUUCGAAUUACAAUCAGCAACAGCAAGCAGCUGUGGCAUUACAGGACGAACAACAACACCAACAUGUCCGGCAUAUCUUCGAUAACAACACCCUGUUCUUGACACGAGGCCAUUUGGCGGCCAAAGCGGACUAUAUCUAUGCCAGCCAGCAAAGGUCCACGUUUAAUUUCUUCAAUGCUGCACCACAGUGGCAGGGUUUCAAUGGCGGCCAAUGGAAUGCAUUGGAGGAUGCGGUGCGUAAGUAUGCAGCCAAUUCCAGGCAAUGGCUGGAUUGUUAUACGGGUACCUGGGGUAUUAUGAAAUUGCCUGGUCCGCCAGCAUCACCACCCACCACUAAUACCACCACUGCCUUUGGACCACAACGUGAUUUCUAUUUGGCCAGAGAUGGCAACAACAAUGGUCUGUUGCCCGUACCGAUGUUGUAUUAUCGUCUGCUGGUCAAUAGUCAACAUAGCCGGGGCAUUGUCUUGGUCGGUGUAAAUAAUCCCCAUGCCAGUUUAAAUGAAAUCAGCUCGGACUAUGUAAUCUGUGACGAUAUACAAGAGAAGGUUGGCUGGUUGCGUUGGAUGAGCAACACCAACAACAAGAGCAACAAAAAUCUGAAAAAAGGUUAUUUGUAUGCCUGCCAUGUUGGUGAUUUUGUCAAAGCUGUUGGCCAUUUACCGGGCUAUCUAUUAAAUGUUACCGAGGUAUUAGUGUAA